AUGGAGGAGGAACUCGCCACCUACAAAUUACAGUUGCAACAAGUCGAGGCGGCACUUCUCGGUGAUCCAGACAACACAGAGUUGCAUAAAUUGAAGGAGGAUCUGACAGAAAUCAUUUCGUUGCAGGAGGAUCUUCAAGAAAAAGAUAAGGCAGAAUCAUCAGAGAAGACAGUGGUAGCACCACAAGUCAUUCAUAAAUGGACGGUCGGAGAACGUGUAAUCGCGCCACAUCCCGACGGAAAGAAGGUUUUCGCCAGAAUCGACUCGUUGACGCCCGCCGGAGUGGCUAUCACCUUCACUUCGACCGGAACGAAGACGAUCGUGGAUCCAGCAGAUCUGCAACUUCCCCCCGAAAAUCAGCGUAAAAACUACGCAUUUGACAACACGAAAUCAGCUGCCGGACCGUCGACUCAACACGGAAAGAAGGAAUGGCAAGCGGAAAAAGAGAGACGUCGUCAGAAGGCACUCAAAAAACAACAGAAACAGAAAGAGUUGGAUUCGAUAAAAGACGGCGAGAAGAAGAGUUGGCAGAAGUUUAAUACGAAGGCGAAUGCAAAAGGGUUGAAAGGAUUAAAGAAAGUGAAUAUCACUGGAUCGAGUCAAGACGGAUCGGCGACUGGCGACAAACGGAGUACUGUAGUCUCGUCGAGAAGCUCGCAAUUCUCGUUUAAGGCCACUCGUGGUGCGAUGGACUCACUUUUCUGA